UUUACAAAAGUGCAAAGUCCGCAAAAUGACGUGGGGCAGAUGAGAUGGAAGUUAACGAUCAACAGUCCAUCUCCACGUUUCUAUACUUGCUCGAUACAGAUCCUUUCAUGUAUAUUGCGGAGGGGGCGUGAUUGCGCAUCAAAGCAAACACUCGUUCAUCACUCAACCUGCUUCGUUAUUUCUUCGCCAUCAUAGGUCGCCGCAAACGAGACCGUCACUCCAAUCCGCGCAGUGGGCGUUGGAACUUCAAGAUGGGCAAUGAAUCUUCGACACCGGUCGACGAGGCCACACCUCCGACGAGACUACAUGGCCGCAGCAUCGAGGCGGUUGCUCAGUACAUCAAAGAGAAGGAUGUCAAGAAUAUCGUGGUAAUGACCGGAGCAGGUAUCAGCACUUCCGCAGGCAUUCCAGACUUUCGUUCUCCCGAUACUGGCUUGUAUGCAAACCUUGCUCGAUUGAAUCUCCCAUACGCCGAGGCGGUGUUCGACAUCUCCUACUUCCGCAACAACCCAUAUCCAUUCUAUACCCUCGCUCAUGAAUUGUAUCCUGGGAAAUACCGACCCACGAUCACGCACUCCUUCAUUAGCCUGCUCAAUAAGAAGGGGAAACUCUUGCACUUGUUCACACAAAACAUAGACUGCUUAGAACGAGAAGCAGGAGUUCCUGGAGAUAAGAUCGUGGAGGCACAUGGUUCUUUUGCCACUCAGAGAUGCAUCGAAUGCCAGACUGAGUAUCCUGAAGACCGGAUGAAGGAGAUGAUCAGCAAGAAAGAGGUGCCGCACUGUAUCAGGAAAACCUGUAACGGUCUGGUCAAACCAGAUAUAGUGUUCUUCGGCGAAGCUCUGCCAGAAGCCUUCUUCCAGAAUCGGAGCCUACCAGCCAAGGCCGACCUAGCUAUCGUCAUGGGCACCAGUCUGACUGUCCAGCCUUUCGCCAGUCUGCCUUCGUUCGUCGGAGAGGACACGCCUCGCGUGCUCAUCAACUUGGAAAAGGUUGGAUCUCUCGGCUCUCGGCCUGACGACGUACUGUUACUUGGCGACUGCGACGCGGGCGUGAGAAGGUUUGCAGAUGCACUGGGUUGGCGGGAAGAGCUCGAAGCCCUGUGGGAGACGACUGAUCCGGACAAGAGUGACAGGAAGAAGCAAGAAGCCCCCUUGAAAUCCCGCCAAGAGCAGUUGGACGAUGAGAUUGAGAAGUUGACCAAAGACAUUGACACUUCACUGAAAGUGACAGGGGAGACGAGUGAAAGAAUCAAGGCAGAGCUUGAGCAAGAUUUGACAACCGCCAGCACAGCAUCUUCAUCUCCCACACCCGUUCUUUCAACUUCACAAACAAUCAACUCCAAGGAUGAGCCAAGUCUGCAGCAUGUCUUUCCUCAUCUGAGAGAAGGGAAAGAGGAAAAGCCCGAGAAACCGUCGCUUUAACAUCGCCUCAAGGUGUUCACUGUCCUCACUUCUCUCUCACGUGUUGACUCGGAUCUCCUCGGUUCGAGAUCAAUUUGAUAGCGCCCUUCCGCAUUUCAGGAUUAGACAUCUCUGUCUCACCAGAGAUCCAUUCAAAAUCCUCAUUAGGUUCCCUCGCCAAGUAGGUGGCUUUGUCUUCGCGUUUUCUGUACUGACUAACCAAAUC